CCUCAACUGCCGUGGCUGUUGUGCUCCGGAGUCGCUCUUUUAAAAGUCCUGCGAGGCUGUGUGUUAUGCUUCCGGAGGGUCUGUAGUGGGUUGCGCCAAGCAGAGCAGUGGUUCUCACAAUGUCAACGGUCAAGGAGCAGCUUAUUAAGAACCUGGUUGUGGAAGAUAAAACCUCCCACCAGAAGAUCACCGUCGUCGGGGUCGGUGCGGUGGGCAUGGCUUGCGCCAUUUGUAUCUUAUUGAAGGAUUUGGCUGAUGAACUCGCCCUUGUUGAUGUCGCAGAGGACAAGUUGAAGGGAGAAAUGAUGGAUCUUCAGCAUGGCAGUCUUUUCUUUGCUACUUCAAAGAUUGUUGGUGGAAAAGAUUAUCGUGUAACUGCAAACUCCAAAUUAAUUAUUGUCACAGCAGGUGUACGGCAACAGGAAGGAGAAAGUCGUCUUUCCCUGGUUCAACGUAAUGUGGAUAUCAUGAAAUCAGUUAUUCCUGCCCUGGUCCAGUAUAGUCCCGACUGUAAGAUGCUUAUUGUCUCAAAUCCAGUGGAUAUUUUGACAUAUGUGGUCUGGAAGCUAAGUGGCUUACCUGCCACUCGUAUAAUUGGAAGUGGUUGUAAUCUAGACUCUGCCCGUUUCCGUUACCUGAUUGGAGAGAAGUUGGGUGUCCAUCCCACUAGCUGCCACGGUUGGAUUAUUGGAGAACAUGGUGAUUCUAGUGUGCCCUUAUGGAGUGGGGUGAAUGUCGCUGGUGUUGCUCUGAAGACUCUAAACCCUAACUUAGGAACUGAUUCAGACAAGGACCAAUGGAAAAAUAUCCAUAGAGAAGUUGUUCAGAGUGCCUAUGAGAUUAUUAAGCUGAAGGGGUACACCUCUUGGGCUAUUGGCCUAUCUGUGACAAAUCUGGUAGAAUCCAUUUUGAAAAAUCUUAGGAGAGUGCAUUCAGUUUCGACUAUGGUUAAGGGCUUAUAUGGAAUAAAAGAAGAAAUCUUUCUCAGUGUCCCUUGUAUCUUGGGACAAAGUGGUAUCUCAGAUAUUGUGAAAGUUAACUUGAAUUCUGAGGAGGAGGACCUUUUUAAGAAGAGUGCAAACACACUUUGGAAUAUCCAAAAAGACCUGGUAUUUUAAAGCCUUUUAAUGUUCCACUGUUUUAUAGAACAGAAGAUAACAAACUGUGUAUUUUACAUUUUGAAAGUAUUUUCAUCUGAUAUGAAAAAUAUAAGAAGGCAUCGGAGACCUAUAGCAUACUCCAGCCUCUCAAGGGUAGAAAAAGGAAGUGGUAAAGAAAUUUAUCCUCUUUUAUGAAUCUCGCAUUGCUCUAUUCUAAGAUACCCAACUUGUACAAAUGUAAGAGUGGCCUUUGGGUUUAAUAAAAUAUAUAUAACAAUCCAUUAUAAUAUAGAACUUAAGAUUUUUUUCACAAAACAAGCACUUUUUCUAGUAUUGAAAUUUUAUCUUGUGCUUUCUUCCCUUAGGGAAACAGCAUAUUCACUUUAUAUUGCUUCAUGUGUCUAUGUAUAAUUUUUACUGAGUGCUUAUUUUUAAGACCAUGUAUUUCAGAAGGAAAAUAGAAAUAUACC